CUACCGUCUCCUCCACUCGUUCUCUCUCUAUUUAAAUAUCUAAUGCCCGCCGAUGAUUUUGGUUUUGUGUUAGAGUUUGGUAAGUUUCAUAGAAGUUUGUUAUAGCAUUUUUGAGAAAUUGCUACAGAAAUCCCAAGUCUUUUUAUUCCCUUCUUUUCUUUGUUAGAUUUUGUCUUGUUCAUAUAUAAUUCUUAGUUCCUGAUUUAUUCUCGUAUUUAUGGUGCCCAAAUCUAUUGGCUUCGUGUACCCAUUUCUUUCUAAUCGGAUCACCUCAUAUUUCUUCACUAUUUCUUCAACACAACGAAAUCUGAAUUCUGAAUCUGUUUGUGGUCGUCCCCGUGAUGCAGUUAUCAAUGCUUCUUUUCAGUCUCAACUAUUAGAACAAUCCCUUGAUAGUUUUAAACUAAUGGUCCUUAAAGGGCAUUCUCCGAGUUCUUUCUCUUUCAAUAAUGCAUUGGAUUUACUUGCUAAAUCAGGGAAUCUGGAUAGAACUUGGGGGUUUUUCACUGAAUAUUUGGGGAGGACUCAGUUUGAUGUGUAUAGUUUUGGGAUUACGAUUAAAGCCUUUUGUGAAAAUGGCAAUGUAAGUAAAGGCUUUGAGCUUUUGGCUCAAAUGGAGACGAUGGGUGUGUCUCCUAAUGUUUUUAUAUACACUAUCUUGAUUGAAGCUUGUUGCAGAAAUGGUGACAUUGAUCAAGCUAAAGUAAUGUUUUCUAGGAUGGAUGACCUUGGUUUGGCUGCUAACCAAUAUAUUUAUACUAUCAUGAUCAAUGGAUUUUUCAAGAAAGGUUACAAGAAGGAUGGUUUUGAGCUUUACCAGAAGAUGAAGCUUGUGGGGGUGCUUCCCAAUUUAUAUACUUACAACAGUCUCAUUACUGAAUAUUGUAGGGAUGGAAAAUUGAGCCUUGCCUUUAAGGUAUUUGAUGAAAUAUCUAAAAGAGGGGUGGCAUGUAAUGCAGUCACAUACAAUAUUCUAAUAGGUGGGUUAUGCCGGAAGGGACAAGUGUCGAAAGCAGAAGGAUUGUUAGAACGAAUGAAACGAGCUCAUAUAAAUCCAACUACUAGAACAUUUAACAUGUUGAUGGAUGGGUUGUGUAACACUGGACAGUUGGACAAGGCCUUAAGUUAUCUCGAAAAACUGAAGUUGAUUGGUUUAUGUCCAACUCUAGUGACCUACAAUAUUUUAAUUUCAGGUUUCUCUAAAGUAGGAAAUUCUUCUGUAGUUUCAGAGUUAGUGAGGGAGAUGGAGGACAGAGGAAUUUCUCCCUCGAAAGUGACGUAUACAAUUUUGAUGAAUACGUUUGUUCGAUCUGAUGAUAUAGAGAAAGCCUAUGAGAUGUUUCAUCUCAUGAAGAGAAUUGGUUUGGUCCCAGAUCAGCAUACCUAUGGUGUCCUAAUCCAUGGUUUGUGUAUAAAAGGUAAUAUGGUUGAGGCAUCAAAACUAUACAAAUCAAUGGUAGAGAUGCAUCUACAGCCUAAUGAUGUUAUCUAUAAUACAAUGAUAAAUGGGUACUGCAAAGAGUGCAACUCCUACAAGGCCUUAAAGUUUCUUGAAGAGAUGGUUAAAAAUGGAGUAACUCCAAAUGUGGCUAGUUAUAUUUCCACCAUUCAAAUCCUUUGCAAGGACGGGAAGUCAAUUGAGGCGAAACGUUUACUUAAAGAGAUGACUGAAGCCGGGUUGAAGCCUCCAGAAUCUCUAUGUAGUAAAGUUGGUCAAGCCAAAUCUUGUGCAUAAAAAUAAAAAUAACAACAAAGGCUUUUAUAAGACCAAAGACAUAACUACAACAAAUGAUGUAGAAGUUUACAAAAAAUUGUGGCGUGUUGAAUGAGAAGUUAAUAGGUUCGUUAGAUAACCAUUUCACUCUUUUAGAAUUAACUCUAUUUUUUUUUGUCUAUGUGAAGCAUUUUCCUUAUGUGUUUCAUGGGACUUUCGAAACUGUUGAAAAAACACUAAUGCUAUAAUAUUGUUUUCAAUGGGUAGAUACAAUAUUGAUACCCUAA